ACCUGAUUCGCGCAGUGACGAUGAUGCGACCGGAGCCGGUCGAGACGCCCGCCGCCUUCACGACGGGCCCGGCGAUGACGCCCGUGGCCGGCGCCAAGGACGUCUUUGAGGACUCGGAGCUGCUCAAGGCCUCGGAGAAGAACACGGCGGACGACGCCGGCAUCGACGACAUUGAGCUCGCGAGCACCAAGAGCUCGACCAAGAGCGACGCGGAGCUCAUUGGCAAGGAGGCGCCUGUCGAAAAGGAAAACAAAAAAGAAAAGUACGAAAAGAGCGGUGGCAACGGGCGCAAGUACCUCGCGGUGCUCGCGACGCUCCUCGUGACGUCGGGCGUCGUUGUCGCGGUGCUCAACCCGGACCAGGUGUCCAAGGCCUGGGCGACGGUCACAGGCGCCAAGAACGACAACUCGACGACCCGCCCUGCGCUUCUGGGUGUCAACUCGUCCUCGAACGCGACCCACGGCUUUGUGACUCUCACCCCAACGACGGUCCCGACGCAGGCUCCGACGCACUCGGAUGUGACGUCAACCCCGUCGACAUCGGCCCCUUCGACACCUUCGCCUUCCACCUCUGCCCCGUUGACGCCUGCUCCGUCGACGACCAAGCCGGCGACUGUGGCGCCAACGCCUAGUGUUUCGUUGAACUCGUCCUCGAUCGUCGUGUUGCCCGCUUCGAAGACGAAUGCGUCGGCGGACACUACCCCGACAGUAACAACAGUGACGCCCAAGCCGACCACAGAAACGCCCAAGCCGACCACACAAACACCCAAGCCGACGACGGAGACGCCCAAGCCGACGACGGAGACGCCCAAGCCGACGACGGAGACGCCCAAGCCGACAACGGAAACCCCGAAGCCGACGACGACGACCCCGAAGCCGACGACGACGACCCCAGCGCCGACGACAUCAACCGCAGCGCCUACAUCUGCCUCAGCAACGACCAAGGAGGUGGCUGGGCACAUCUUUGUGGUCCCGUCGAACAUCUCAUCGUCAGACUCGACGAAGAACGCGUCUGCGCCGCAUGAUUCCGUGUGGGGGCCGAAGGAAGGCUCGUCCAGCAGCAGCUCCAACGCGUCCGAGCCAACGACUGUGCCAUCGCGUUGGAGCCACCCUUAACGUGUCGACGAGGAUGUCCUGUAUAUAAACCUCGUUU